AUGACUGAUGCGCAGACUACCUAUUACCAUGCGAGGUUCGGGUCUUGUAACGCCUAUCAAUACCGUCGAUAUGGUUCAGCCUUCGCUAUGGGGCUGGUGCAAGUGCUGGUUGGGAGUUGGGGGUCAGAUCAUGAAUUGUCCCACAACUACCCUGAAGCACCUCCCCAUCAAGUUGUUCUAAAUAUUAUCAGUCUUCUAAGCAAUGUAAACCCCUCUGGAACGCUCGCUCUGUAUACAACAGCCUUUUUCGACCCAGGAUCCAGACUUGACGCAGAGUAUCUGUAG